CAGCCCCGCUGCGUCCCCAGUCCUGCCCCGGGGCGGACCCGAAGGAAGGUCAGGGUUGGACGCCCCGCCCCUCCCGGUCCCACCGCCGUGGCUGUUCUGUGGGUGGCUCACUAUCAACGUUGACGACUUCAGCCACCUGCACCUCCAUGGCGGCCUCGCCGGUCCCGGGGGAGAAGAUUAGCAUCCAGGCGGGAGAGACCGCCCCGGCCGAGGACAGGGACCUGCUGGGCAACGACUGCCCCGAGUGGGACAAGCCCGUCCCGCGCUCCUGGAGGCACAAGUGCGCCUCCUAUGUGCUGGCCCUGCGCCCCUGGAGCUUCAGCGCCUCGCUCACCCCGGUGGCCCUGGGCAGUGCCCUGGCCUACAGAUCCCAGGGCGUCCUGGACCCCAGGCUGUUGGUGGGCUGUGCCGUGGCGGUGCUGGCCGUGCACGGGGCUGGCAACUUGGUCAACACGUACUAUGACUUUUCCAAGGGCAUUGACCACAAAAAGAGCGACGACCGGACCCUGGUGGACCGGAUCUUGGAGCCCCAGGAUGUGGUCCGGUUUGGAGUCUUCCUCUACACUCUGGGCUGUGUCUGUGCCGCUUGCCUCUACUACCUGUCCGCUCUCAAACUGGAGCACUUGGCUCUCAUCUACUUCGGAGGCCUGUCUGGCUCCUUUCUCUACACGGGAGGGAUUGGAUUCAAGUACGUGGCUCUGGGAGACCUCGUCAUCCUCAUCACGUUCGGCCCGCUGGCCGUGAUGUUCGCCUACGCCGUCCAGGUGGGGUCCCUGGCCGUCUUCCCACUGGUGUACGCCAUCCCUCUCGCCCUCAGCACCGAGGCCAUUCUCCAUUCCAACAACACCCGGGACAUGGAGUCCGACCGGGAGGCGGGCAUCGUCACGCUCGCCAUCCUCAUCGGCCCCACCUUCUCGUACAUGCUCUACAACACGCUGCUCUUCCUGCCCUACCUGAUCUUCAGCAUCCUGGCCACGCACUACAGCAUCAGCCUGGCCCUCCCCCUGCUCACCAUUCCCAUGGCCUUUUCCCUGGAGAGGCAGUUCCGGAGCCAGACUUUCAACAAACUGCCCCAGAGGACCGCCAAACUCAACCUCCUGCUGGGGCUCUUCUACGUCUUUGGCAUCAUCCUGGCACCAGCAGGCAGUCUGCCCAAACUCUAAGGGGACCAGGAGCUCCUCCGGCAGCAGGUCGCCCUGUCUGAGACUGUGUUGAAAGCAGUUUCUCAGGAGAGAAGGUGAUUUGGCAGUGAGGACCCUAAGGAUGGCUUGUAAACUCCCACCUUUUUUAAAGUUAUUACGUUGUUAAAGAUAA